AUGCAGCAGAUUUAUUUAUUGGCUACGGUAAGUGUUCAGGAUCAGAGGAAAAUUGAUACAAGUUUUAGAAAUCAAUUUUUGGGUCCUAAUUUACGUAACGUUCGUGUGAAGCUCAAGAGUGGAUUUUUGGGAAAAAAACUUCAUCUAGGAAAACAUCCGGGAAAAAUCUACCCGGAAUUAAAAGAUUAGUUACGUUUGGAAAAUUUUGAAAAAAAAAUCAAAAGAUCAGUUUUAUCGAUACCUAACCCUAUAUCUAAUACCAAAAAAAAUCCAACAAAGGAUUAGGAGAUUCAGAGAACAAUUUUCUUGAUCUACUUUUUUUGGAAUUUUGAAACUAGCGAUUGUGGCAUCAAAUUCAUCACACACUGUAGCCUGAUCCAGAAUUCCAAGCUCAUCUUGAAUUCAUGAUCUACAAAAAUAGAUCCUGGAUUUCUUGGAACUCAAAAAUUCAAUCUUCCAGCCUGAACUUCCGUAUUUUUUUUUUUGGAAUAAAAAACAAUUCAUAUAUUUUUGUUCCUGUGUUUUGGUUUGUCAAUAUAUCUGAUACGAUUAUAUUUAUAUUUUGCUAUAUCUUUUAUCACAUAAUUUAUUAGCAUAUUACAUUGUUCUUCUAAAUGAUAUGACAAGUUUUGUUUUAGAACUUUAACUUUACGAUUUUAAUUUCGCGAACACCAACCAACCAAUAUACUUUUUCUGAUCAUCAGUUACACAACACUUUCAUAAAAAUAAAAAUAAAAACAGGUAGUUUUUGAUAGUAGUAGUGUUAAAUGAUGAAUUGAUGAUGAUGAUAUGGGGUGUUCCAAACGAGUCUCGUUGUUUCAUUCUCCGCCCUAACAAAAUUACGAAAAAAAAUUGAAUUAAAAAAUUCAAUUCGUUUUCUGGACCGCCCAUCGUGUUUUUCAUUUAUUCCUGAAACGAAACGCAAUAGUUUACUUCUCAAAACUUUUUUCUUAUUAGAUAUGAUUUGGUUACAGGUAAAUUUUACUUGGUUGAAUUUAUUUUAUAAUUUUUUUCAGGUUAGUGCACUAGCAGCACUAGCUGUUGUUGUGCAUUCACAAACUACUCCACUUUUCCCAGUUGCUUGCGAACUUAAUGUUCUGAUUGUGUUGGAUCGGUAAGUUCUGGAGGGAAUUAAAAAUUGUUUAAAUCCUGAAAGCAGCCCAGGCUGAAUUCUAGCCUGAAUAGGACCUGGCCCGAUUUUCUGUAAAAAUUCAAAGUACGACUUUCGUGGUUAGUGUUCUUUAAAAAUAAACUUGACAAAAAUCACAAAAUUAAUUCGAUGAGUGCAAACUCAUCAACACUAUCUAAAAACAUUUCCGUGUCAACAGAGACCACGAAAACUACAACAAAAUUUCAGAUCGGAUUCUGUAAAAGGAGGUUUCAACAAAAGUCGAAAAUUUGUGACAGAUGUUUCGGAAGAACUUCAGAUCGGACCAGAGAAACAUCGAGUUGCACUCAUUGUUUAUUCUGGUUUGAGUUAUCGACGAGAAGUUUUUCCAUGGAAUUUUGCAAAGACAAAUGAAGAAUUUGUGAGAAAAGUUAAUGGAUUGAGAGCCAUUGGUGGAACUACAAAUACGAAAAAAGCAUUGGAAGUUGGAUUAGAAUUGAUGGCUCAACGAAAUGUAUCAAUUCCAACUUUGGUUAUGGUUGUAACUGAUGGAAGAUCAGCUGAUGAUCCGAAGGAACCUGGAAGAAGACUUCAAGCUGAAACUAAUACAUGGGUUUUUGCUGCAGCAACUGGAGACCCUGAGAGUGUUGAUACGUAAGUAAAAUUCAACUUUUUCUAAAAAAGUUUUAAAAAUCUAAAAUGUUGUGAAAACAAAUCUAAUUCAUAGUUUCUAACUUCUAAAAUACACCGUUUUUCAGCCGGGAACUUUUGGAUAUCACUGGUAACAUCAAUCACAUUGUUAUGCAUCGUGGAAGAGAUCUUGCUACAGAUAUUACUAGAAGACUUUUACGUGAAGCUCAGGAUAAAUGUAGAACUACUACAACCACCACAACAACCACAACUACUACCACUACGACAACAACAACCACAACAAAUCCAAUCACAGGUUGUGAACUUGAUUUGGUUCUAGUUCUCGAUUUCUCAACAACCACUGAUCCUGUUUAUCAAUCCUACAAAGAAUUGAGCAAGAAACUCGUUUCCCAACUCAAAAUUAGUCCACAUCACACUCAAGUCGCUGUUGUUACAUUUGCCACAGUUGGAAGAACUCGUGUCAGAUUCAAUUUGAAAAGAUAUUCAACUCAAGAAGAUGUUUUGAGAGCAAUCGAUAAUUUGAAAUCGACUGGUGGAACAACUGCAAUUGGAGCUGGAAUUGAGAAAGGAUUGACACAAUUAGAUGAAGAUGAAGGAGCUCGACCUGGAAUUGCGACGAAAGUUAUGGUUGUAUUUACUGAUGGUUGGAGUAACAAAGGACCAGAUCCGACUGUUCAGGCGAAAAAUGCGGAAGCAGCUGGAUUUGAAAUGUAUACUGUAGCAUAUUCGGUAAGCUUGUUGGUUUUCCGAACCUUUGAGAAAAAAUACUGGAUUUUCAGGCUGGUGUACCAAACGCUGUAACAUUGAAUAAUGAGACAUUAUCUGCAAUUUCUACAAAUUCUGCUCAUAGUUUCACUGAUCAAAACUUCCAAAUUAUGGUUGACAAAAUCAAACAGCGAAAUGCUGCAUGUAUGCCAUAG